GCAUAACGUUUCACACUACAAAGCCCCACUGCGAACAUCCUUCGCCGUUCAAGAUACGAGAGAAAGAGACAACGCUUUGUUCGAUUUUGGAUACAGUUGUUACACAAAAUCUGCUUUCCUUGUUUCUUUUCACUAUUCAGCACGCAGAUAUUCGCCAUGCCCGGCUCACCGCACUCAUCCUCUGCCGACAUACACAUGCCCUCGUCGUCGGCAUUGCAGGGUCUGCCCUUGAAAUCCGACGCUGGAGAAAAACCUGUUCGGGAACAACUGAAGAAAACGACCAUUGCAGGCUCCAGGCCCAACACGGCAGGAGAGGAUACUACAAUGGCUUCUGAUCAAGCUUCGCUGCAACGAAAGAGGGGGCAUGAGGAUGAAGAAGGAGACAGUAGCAACAAUUCCGAGCCUGAACGUCAUGUACGCAAGAAAUCCAAAGAUCUAUCGGGAAGCCCGCGAACAACAGCUAUUGAUAAUGAUGGACCUGUAGCAGCAGAAUUUCACCAAAACGGCAUACAAACAGGCACUUCAGAAUCGCACAACGCCAUCCAGGCCAGCGAAAUGGAUACUGCUAGCCCUGCAACUCCUCCAUCUGGUCCUGUGAAUGAGGAUAUCUGCAACACGCUUACUAGCCCAAAGAACAAGCGUCCCCAUGGGGACGCCUUUGUACAAGACAAGAAACCUAACAUUGCGGAACCCGAGCCCAAUGUUCCUACGGCCAGUUUGACUGGCGCUGAUGAACUGAAAACCGCCGAUGCUAUCACAAACGCCUCUGAGGACGAGCGACAGACCAAACGACAGAAGGACAUCACCGAUACGACCGAAACCCUCUCAAAGACUUCGGUGCCCCAAAAAGCAACGGAGAAGCCGGCACCUGGUUUAUCAAGUACAGCAGCGUCACCAUUCGGCACUGCUAUAGUAAGCAAGUCACCUGAUAUAGACGAACGUCAGACUUCUUCAAGUGCUUUUGCUGCCUCAGGAUUUGGUGCAUUGGCGAGCUCAGCCUCCCCGUUCGCAGCUUUCAGCACCGCGAAAGCGACCUCACCAUUUACUGCCAGUGCAGCCAAACCGCCCCCUCCUAUCACUGGCUUUGGUACUGGUCUGGGUGACAGCAGCGUAGCUUCCCCGUUCGCGGCGGUCACUGGCGGCAAGACCGCUUUCGCGGGUGCUAAAUCUCCCGGAUCAGGAUUUGGUGGUCUUAGCGGAGGAUUCGGAAGUGCUAUCGGGGGUAGCCCUUUUGCCGUUGCAGGCGCGUCAAAGUUAUCAAGCUUUGGCAGUGGAAGCGCUCCGCCCAUCGUCGGACUAAGCAGUAAGCCAGCGAAACCAUUUGGCGCUCAAGCAGACGAUGAAGAAGAGGAUGAAGAUGGUGAUGAAAACGGGGACGGCGAGGACGAUCCGGAGGCUACCAAAACAUCCAGCUUCCAGGGCGAGGAGAGAAAGGACAGUCGCUUCUAUGAGCGAGAACAUGAAACUGGCGAAGAGGGCGAAACCACCUUGUUUGCUGCGAGGGCCAAAGUCUAUCAAUUUGUGAAGCUUGAAGACGGCAAAAAAGCAUGGCGGGAACGAGGCAAUGGCACAUUCAAGUUGAAUGUCAACCGGACAGAAGAUGGGAUUACGGCCCGCUUCAUCAUGCGCGCAGACAAAUCGCACCGCCUUAUCCUCAACACCCCCUUCAAGAAAGAAUUGAAGGUUGGAAACCCGGCGGGCGACAAACCGGGCUCUCCCUAUGUUUCAUUCUUAGGUACACUCGACGGCAAGCCGGAAUUACAAAUGCUUCAGCUGAAGAUACGGGAAGGACCACAACCCGAGCUGAUCGCAAACGAAUUAUGGCAGACUGCCCAAGAUUUGAGAGAGGAGAUGUAGACGCUGCUUGUACUACAAAGAUGUGUGCAGCAGCAACACCUCAC